AAAGUCAGGGAGAGAAAGAAAGACAGCGAGAGUGUGUGUGCGCGCGUGCAGACUUUACGGGAGACGAUAAGUACAACUAAAAAGAAGCAGGAAAAAGACACUGGAAAACGUUGGAGCGGAAAACAAACUCGAAAUAGUUUAACCGCAUAUUGAACAAGAGGACAAGGUAUUUUGUGUUUGUGUGUAGAGUUGGGACCAGUGGCCUCGUAGUCCCAGACGGUGAAGUCUUGCCUUUUCAGCGACCCCUCGGUUUUUGAGAAAACUAUUCAAACUGUCCGGAUUGGGGAAACCAGAAGAGAGAGGGAGCGUGUCUGUGUUCGGAGCAGGGGCGGCUUUCACAGUGAAACGUACCGGAGGUGGUGACACUGGUUGAGCGGAACAGCGACGGAAAGUUCGCCGUUUCUCCUCUGUGUAAUUUCUACUUCGAGGGGAAGGAUUUAGUGAUCGGAGGCCGACGGUCGUUACCGUUACCGUCUCCUGACUCCACAAGUGGCUGGAGUUUUGCUAGCGUGUAAACUUUCGUCAUGAAGACCCCGGGAGACCCGGGGUUUGCCUUCCCGGACUGGGCCUACAAGGCGGAGUCCAGCCCCGGCUCCAGACAGAUCCAGCUCUGGCACUUCAUCCUGGAGCUGCUGCGGAAGGAGGAGUACCAGGACGUCAUCGCCUGGCAGGGCGACUACGGAGAGUUCGUCAUCAAAGACCCCGACGAGGUGGCGCGUCUGUGGGGCGCACGCAAAUGCAAACCACAGAUGAACUACGACAAACUCAGUCGAGCACUCAGGUAUUACUACAAUAAGAGGAUUCUUCACAAGACAAAAGGAAAAAGAUUCACCUACAAAUUUAACUUCAACAAACUCGUCCUUGUCAACUACCCUUUUAUAGACAUGGCCUCUUCAGGUGCUGCUGUUCCUCAGAGUGCUCCUCCGGUGCCGUCUGGUGGAGGGACUCAUUUUCGUUUCCCUCCGUCUGACGUUCUGUCUCCGAGCAGCCCCGGCGUCUUCUCCUCCGUGUCCCGCCGCGUCGCCCGCGGCUCCGUCAGCGACUGCAGCGACGGCACCUCCGUCAACUCUGAGAUCGAGGACGGGGGCGGCGGAGGAGGAGGCGCGGGCGGAGAGGAGCGAGGGAGCGACAGAGUCAGAGAGGCGGGAAUCGCCGGGUUCAGGAACGUCCUCCACCCUCGGCUCUCCCACGAAUCCCUGUUCAGGAUGUACGGCGGUGGGGGCCACGUCCCGGCCCAGCGCGCCCCCCCGGGAGGUCAGAGGGUCGUCUCCGAACCUCUGUCGCCCUUUCCCCUGUCCCCGCUGGCUGGACCGGGGGGCGGGUCGAACCUCUUAGCUCCGCCCACCCCCAUCUCCCCCACCCUGUCGGUCACCCCGGGGUCGCACCUGGCGUACACGCCCUCCCCGACCCUGUCGCCGAUGCACUCCGCCUCCAUCUUCUCCUUCAACCCUGAGGACAUGCAGCGGUUUUUACAGGCCCACACCCAGAGCGUGUUCAACUACCACCUCAGCCCCCGCGCCUUCCUCCACUACCCCAACAUCAUCCUGCCCCACCCUCAUCGCCCCAGCGCCCCCGAGCAGGGGGGCAAAGACCACCCCCCCGUCAUCAACAGCCACCACGCCACGCUAGCGCACGCCCACCCUCACUCGCACCAGCCGCUGGCCCCGCCCCUGCACCACCCGGCCGACGACGCCCCCCACCCUCAGCUCUCCUCCUUCAAGUUUAAACUGCAGCCGCCCCCCCUGGGCAGGAAACAGAGGGAGGGGCUGGGCGCGGCCCGCCACGCCUCUCUGUCCUCCUCCUCCACCUCGGGCCUGGGUUCCUCGCUGUCCUUUGGCAGCGACCUCAGUUUGGCCAGCGGGUCAGGGGUGGUGUCGAACUCCUCGUCCACCGGUUCCCUGAACAGCGCCGGACUCCCCAAAAUCAAGGUGGAGCCUAUCUCAGAUAUAGAAUCUGAGGAGGAGGUGGAGGUGACGGACAUCAGUGACGAGGACGUGGACGAGAGAGAGAGGGUCUUCGCCUCCCGUCAGUAUCACCGCCAGCAUCGCCACCACCCAAUCAAACGGCAGGUCAAUGGCUCCGCCCACCACGACGACGACUUCGAAGAAGAUGUUUUUAAAGCCCCUGCCCCGCCCCCUUUCUUCAGCCUGCCCGGCGACCAACCCCUGCGGACUCCGAAAUCAGAGCCGACGGACCCCGAAGACACGCCCCCUCAGCCGCAGGCCACGCCCACACAGUGCAUCCCCCUGAAACUGAGGUUCAAACGGAGGUGGAGUCAGGACCAGCGCCUGGAGCGGAGCAGUGCGGCGGAGGACAAGAAGGUGAAAGGAGAGAAACCAGACGGAGAGAUGGAUGGAGAAAGGGAUGGAGAGAUGGAGGAGAUGGGGAGUGGCAGUGGGGAGGGAGAGAGCCCCCCCCCUCUGGCCCAGCGGGGAAUCAGUGCCGAGUUACACAGAGCAACAGCACAGCUCUCCCUGGAGAAUGAGGACUGCUGAUACACACACACACACACACACACUAUACACUAUACACAC